AUGCUUUCACGAUCUGCUUCCUUUUUCGGUCCUCUCCUCAUUCUCUUCAUAUCUUCAAGUCAGACGUCUGCCAGCAUUCAAGACUUGCAACAGUUUGGAGGGCUACAUCAGCAUGCGAAGCGAAUGAAUCUGCCAUCUAUGAUGGCAGGUGGUAAACUGGGCUCGUCCAAAUCUCAACAUCAUGGACCACCUAAGGAUCCCCCUGAGCCUCUCAGUGCAAACUGUACCAUCUCGGCACUCGUUCCUCAGACUUGGAAAAGUUUGAGAUUAGACGACUACCUGAAGAACUAUCCCAAUGGAAAUGCAACUUCCCUUCCUGCAUACGCCGCAUCAAAAGGUCUACCUAGCUUUGAGUGCGGUAUUGGUCAACCUUGCAGUUCUGGACAGCCGUGCUACCCCGCUGCUUUACCAGACUGGUAUAUUCUGUUUGCAGUUGAACAAUGGAACAUACAACUCAACUCAAUGAAAAAAGCAAUUCAGUGGAGCGCCAAUUAUGUUCGAUCUACAAUAUCUAGCGUACAAAGUGCAUUGUUUCCAGCCAUCAAUACUGAAGGAAUAGACAACUUCAAAAUUGACUUCAUUGAAAAUGGAGCUUGCAUGAUGGUGUCAAACACUAUGCUCUUGGACAUCUUCAGUCUAUUUUAUCAAUUUCAGGAUAGAGUAGGUGAUGUGAUGAACAUCAUUAACAAUGUGAUGUCAGCUGCCUUUGAAUUGGGAGGUGGUCUUUUGAAUGCUCCUAAACCACCGGAAGGUGAUAGAGAGGCCUUCAAUGAAUGGACCCACUUGGAGAAUCAAAUGGUGCGAUAUGAGAAAGUGAUGGUAGAUGGGCUUACAAAACAAGCAGACAAGAUAAUCAAUGCUGGAAUAAGCACAGAUCAAGGAAUCUACGGUCAACUAAAAAAUGGAACAUACUUACAACCAAAUGAAGCUAUCUAUCUACCACUUGUGACGGAUGAUCUAAAGAAUGUCACUACGGUCGUGACAUUGGUCAAAGUUCUACGCUCUGUGGUACGACCCUCAAAUCUAUUUGUGGAAUUAAAUCAUCAACAUUUUGACAUCCUUUCUUCUGUUCUGAUAAUUGUUCAACAGGAUGCAUUUGUGACCAUAGGAUCAGACGUGUGUGCUGGAAAUGGGAUAAAUGGAGCUUUUGAAGGUGAUGAUAUCUUGUCAUAUUGUGACACAAAUGGAACGAUGUACAAUAUUGUCAGAGUAAAGAAUGAAAGAUAUGAAUCUAAGUUUGAAAAUGCUUGGGUGAUCUCAGAUCACUUUGGUUAUUCAACUCAGUUCUUGACCAAUGCUUCUAUCUCUUGUCAACAAAAGUACGGUGGUUUUGAGCAUUUCCCAUACAAGAACACUACCCUUCCUCGUGAUGCUAUGGCAGAUUGUAUUGUUAACCUUCCGGUAUGUGAUUUGAGAAAUGAAAUCAAUUCUGACAUCUGUGUGCUUCAAAAAGCUAUCAAGCACGAUAACAAGAAACAUGGAAUAGUUGCAGCAUGCCGUAAUGCAGGCCUACCCAUAUAG